CCGAUUUUCAGAAUGAGUAGCAUAUGUUUGCAUUUUCUUUAUACAAAUUGAAUAAAUUAAUUUUAAUUUUUAAAUUCACGUGGUAAUUACAUGAUGAACAUACAAUUUAUACAAUGUGAAAGUAUUGAAGAGUGGUGAUUACUGAUUGCAUAUAUAAUUUACCGAGCGUCCACUCGGUGUCCAGCCCAGAUCGCUAGGAAUCUGACAGAUAGAAGAAGAGAGGGCGCGGUUGAGCGGUGCUCUCUCCCAGCGAAGAUCAGGGGUAGAGGAAUGCUCGACUGUCAACAAUACAGUGUUCUUUUUUUCAUUUGCAUAUAGAAGAUAGUCGGUGGUAUUGUGUAUGCAAAUUGAACACGAAUUAGUCUCCUUUGGCCAAUGUAACAUAAAUAUGCAGUCUUUUGAAGAGCAUUAGAUUAUUCUGCAUCUGGAAUUUAUUGUGUGGUUGGUUGCUGAUGAACUCGACAGAGAAUACUUAAGAGUAUGGAUGUGCAUGUCAAUUGAUAUGUUGGAUGAAUUGUGCAGAUAUUUGCCAAUUGGCCUUGAGUGAGCAAUUGAGACAAUGGCAAGCAAUCAUGGUGGUAAGGAUGUUAUGGAUUCCGGGAGCAGUGAGGGCAACACUUCUGAAGCCACCGUUGAAAUAAAGAUAAAGACUUUGGAUUCUCAAACAUACACUCUACGAGUAGACAAAUGUGUACCUGUUCCUGCACUAAAGGAACAGAUUGCUUCUGUUACUGGUGUAUUAUCUGAACAGCAACGUUUAAUCUGUCGUGGCAAAGUUCUGAAAGAUGAUCAGCUCCUUUCAGCUUAUCAUGUGGAAGAUGGUCACACAUUACACCUGGUUGCUAGGCAGCCGAUUAACCCAUCUUUAGCAAGCUUUUCUGAUCACACAGCUAGUGAUCCAGCAUCAAAUAGCAGGCAGUCAAUGGGCAACCAACAUCAACAUCAACAUGGUCAUGGGCAUGGGCCUAGUGUAGUGGUGGGAACAUUCAACAUAUCCGAUCAAGGUGAUGGUGGAAUUCCAGAUUUUAGUCGGAUUGUUUCUGCUGUUCUUGGUUCCUUUGGAAUAGCCAAUGCCGGAAGCGGUGGUGAAGCAGUAGAUCUGCAACAACACAUCUCUGAAAGGCUUUCACGGAUACCUGGUCUUAACGAAAUAAGAAGUUCCAACGGACAACAACAACAACCACAAGCACAACCACCUGAAGAUGGUUCCGGAAGGGGUGGUGCUACCUUCACACUUCCAAGUGAUGUUUCCAUGGAAUCUCUGCAGCUCCCUGUUAUUCCUGAUUCAUUGAGUACACUGUCCCAGUAUCUAAGGCGUUUGAGGCAAGAAUUUAGCGACAAUGUUAGAAUCCAGGGGAACAAUAAUAGAGGAGAGUCAAAUGGUACAAGGACACCACCACAUUUAGGUGCAGGUGUUGGUCAGGGAGGGUUACCAACACCAGCCGCCCUGGGAGAAGUGACACAGUCUGCAAGACAGUUGCUGAUUGAAGAAGCUGGAGAAUGCUUGAUGCAAUUGACAAGACAAUUAGGGGAUCAGAACAAUGUGAGUGAUCCUGUGACACGGUUAAGGAUGCAGUCAAAUGCUUUGAGGUCAGGUGCUCUGUUGCAGAAUAUGGGUGCUUUUCUGUUGGAGCUUGGGCGAACGACAAUGACACUGCGAUUGGGACAGUCACCCAGUGAUGCAGUGGUGAAUGCUGGACCUGCUGUUUUCAUAUCAACAUCUGGACCAAAUCCAAUCAUGGUGCAGCCUCUACCUUUUCAACCUGGGACGAGUUUUGGAACACCUCCACCUCCACCUGUAGUAGUGACAGGGUCAGCCUCUGGCACUAGUAGUUUUGGUUCUGCUUUACGUCCAAGGAAUAUUGAUAUCAGAAUACGUACAGGUUCAGUGAUGAGGGAAACAAAUGGUGGUGGAGCUGAUGCUGGAGUAACAAAUCAGGAAAAUGCCCUUAGGCAAAGCAGGGGAUCGGAGGUGCGGGUAGUCCCCAUUAGGAUUUCAGUGCCACCUUCUGAAUCUUCCCGAAGCUCUAUGGGCGUGCUAUUGCCAGUGCUAGCAAGAGCUCAAAAUGUUGUUGAUUCUGGAAAUGGCAACAGUGGUUAUGCUGCUGAAAACAUAGAUUCUACUACUACUACUACUACAGAGGGUCAGGGUCAGGUUCAGGGUCAGGGUGAGGGUGGUGUCAGUGUUGUUGAAUCUGUUCAGACAGCCCAGGAAGAAGCAGCAUCAACAGUGGCCACUGAUGAAGGAACUUUUUUGUCCAAUUUGUUGCACCAGAUUAUGCCUAUUGUCUCUCAGCAUUUAAAUGGUACUAGUACUACCAAUGCUAUGGAAGAUACACCUGCACAACCUUCUUCAACUGUUGAGGAGAACCAAGAUAGAGGAGGUGCAUCUUCACGGCAAGCGGAUGAUCCUCCAUCCUCAAAAAGGCAAAAGACAGAGUAAGGUGAAGCAUGAGAGAACAUAUAAAAAUGGGGGAGAGAUAUCAAGUCAAGUGAUCUGAAGCCGGUUUGGGUUUUAGAUGGAUGCAGCUCAUACGCAUGCAAUGCAGGCAUGCAGCUGCCAUGGAUGAGAAUCCAAGUACAAUGCAUAUAAAUAUAUAUGUGCUUCUUUUUAUUUUCAUCAUCAUUAAUCUUUUUGUUUGUCUGCUCUUUCUAAGUGUUAAGUAAACAAAUUGCAUAGCAAAACGUUGUUGAGUUUGAAUAUCGCCUAUUCCUUCUUAUAGUAUAUGUUCAAACAAAUUUUAUUCUGCUAGGCUUCCUGGUAACAGCAUUUUGAAAGCAUUUCCAAACGUUUAUCUUAUUUAUUUAUUUAUUUUAAUAGGAAUA